AUGUUCAAGGCCCUCAUGGGCGGGGUCCGGUCGUCCUCGGACGUCCGCAGCACUACCAGUUCCAGCUCAAAGAGCCGUCGCAAGACCGAUUCCAAGUCUUCACAUAGCCGCAAAUCUUCACGGGGUGACGACCGUGACCGCGGCUUGGGUGACUUGUCGGCCUACGAGCCCUCGGCUUCGAGCAGCAGGCGCGGACCCGCGAGUGUGGCCGGCGAGUCCGUCGCAUCCACCUAUGUGACGGCCGAGCCCGACCCAAUCGACCCCUACACUGCCAUCGUUGAGCGAACACCAAAGCGCAGAGAUAGCGACCGGGAUAGUGUUCGGUCUCGCCGCCGCGAACGAGACCGAUCGGAGAGCCGAGAUCGCGACAAGAGGAAGAGCCGUCGAAGUACCGCAGACGAGCUUGAUGAUGACUGGGAACGUGAGCGCGGCGAGCGCGACCGUCGCGAGCGCAGGCGCACGCAGUCUGGAGAUCACUACAUGCCGCCCGUCUCCACCUCCAUGCCGCCCAGUGCUCCAGGCGCCCAGUUUGCCGCCGACAUUGCGGCCCCGGGCUUUUCGCAAUUCCCUAUGCAGUACGAUAAUUCGAUAGCACCGAAUUUUUCCCCGCCUCACACUUCGGCGCCAUCCCUUUAUGAUCCCCACGUGCCACAACAGUUCCCUGGUCAGUUCCCUACUGGUACCGCGGAGCCUUACCUACCUUACCAUCCUGCCGGGGCCGCGGCGGACUACUACGGAGACCAAGGCCAAUCUGUUUCAGAGCAACCGGGUGUGCGACCGCAAAAGCCACUCGUGAACAGCCAGGAACAUCUGAUGGCGGCAUCGCCGUCGGUCAACCCCCCUCCCGAGCCGAGUAGUCUUGGUCAGAUUGGUGCGGCAGCCGCGUACUUUGACGAUGCGACACCCAUUCAUUCGGCCAGUAACCCGCCAUCUGGGUCAUCUUCCAAGCCCCCAAAGCCUGGGAAGACCAGCAAGCCUCGCAUUAUUCAUCGACAAACGAAUAUCAAUCGCAUUCAUACUCACAAGGAGCUGUCCCCAGUUCUAGCAAGCCUCCAGCAGCCAACAGGCCUUCCGGCUCAAACAAGCCCCCCUAGUUCAAGCAAACCUCCUCAUUAUUAUGGUGUUGGUACUGGCAUUGGUGUUGCAGCAGCUGGCGCAGCGGCGGGCUACAUGCUCAGCCAUCAUGAUCACCAUGAUCACCAUGAUCACCCCGAGAACCCUGCGCAACACCCGCAUUACAACGUCCAGAAUUACGAAGAAUCAUCCCAAUUUGGUUUGCCGCCCUAUGCAUCUGGUAGCAAUAACGUGACGACCGCCAAUGGAGAUGCAGGCUAUGCGGGGCCAACCUACGCGCAGCACGUUGCUCAUCAUGGCCCUGGCUACUACCCACAGGCAGUGGGAGCCGGUGCUCUCGCUAUGCAGCACCGCCAGCGUGGUCCUCUGACCAAGUUCGUGGACUUCUGGCGUGAUCCAGAGGGUGUUGGCCGAUUUGAAGAUUAUACCGAGACUAUCGGCGUGUGCAGGUAUUGCUUUGACCCUCAAAGCACCUCCCUCAACGCGCCCCGCAAGCAUAAUUACCAUGCGCGCCGUCAUUCCUCCGACCGAUACAGCAGUAGUAGCAACUCGAGGGUGAACAAGCUCAGUCGAUACCAUUCGUCAGAAGACGAGAGAGGUCGGCGCAAGAAGUCCAAAAAGUCGUCGUCGUGGCUUCCGGGUGUGCUUACUGGCUAUGCCGCGAAGUCCAUAUUUGCUGGCAAAGACUUUGAUGACUCUUACAGUGUCCGCUCAGGCCGGCCCUCUGGAGAGCGUACAUCGUCCCACGAUGAGACGACGAGCUAUACCUCGCGUGGGCUUGUUCGUCGCUCUAGACGAAACUCGCCACGAGAAUAUUAUUAUGAGGACAAGCACUCUCAACGCAAUCGCUCCCAAUCUUCCUCUCGAUCUCGCCAUUCAUCGUUCAUGAAGGAGGCAGCCUUAGGCGCGGCAGUGGGUGGAGCCGCGCUAGCAGUCUCGAAGCAACAACGAGACCGAAGUCGAUCUACCUCACGGGUUCAACGCCGGAAGGAUUCUUCAUCUAGCUCAUCAUUUGUUGAUGUAUCCCGGCCCGCUGCCAAGUCCGUUGGAGGGUUUACCUCCUUCUUUACUUCUUCCUCCGAGAACCGCAGGAAUACACGUGCCAAGCGGUCAAAGAGCUUCUUCUCAUUCCGCAGUUCAUCUUCAUCCUCGCUUGACAAUGAUCUCGCCUUUGGCGACGGGUUUUCCAAGAAGCCUCCUAAUAAAUUGAAGAAGCAGAGAAAGGGCAAGAAGCCAGAAGAUGUGGAUGCAGCGCUUCUGGGCCUGGGCGCCACAGCGACUGCUCUUGCUGCUGCAAAUUCUCAUGGUCGCAGUCGGAGCACAGGUCAGAUUCUUACCGCCAGAGAAUCCCGAUCUCGUCACUCUGAUUAUGGUACCUCUGCCAACGAAGACGACGAAUGGAUAGAUGCCGACUCGGAUGACCAUUCUUCCUCUAGUGCCAACUCCGCUCUCGCCUUCGGUGCUAGUAGUAGUAAUUCCAGCUCCGAAUCCAGCAGCGGAGGAUGGGGCUGGGGCUGGGGCAAGAAGAAGCAAAAGAAGAAGGACAAGAAGACCUCUAAUGGGAAGGCUGCUCUGGCCGCUGGCGCUGGUGCUCUUGGAGGUGCGGCUUUGGCCUCGGUGGCCCGCCGCCGCGAUAGCCGUCCUUCAAGUAGCGCUGGCAGUCUUCAACAAGUCUACCCUGUUCCCACAUCAGAUCCCGGCCGCUUCGAUGUUGGCAGGGCAACUCCUGACCCGGCAGCAGUUCCUCCCAUAUUUGCCAACGAAUUUGACCGCAAUGGACAUCCACACCAAGCAUCUCGUGACGCGUCCUGGAACCCCGGCAGCGUUAGUUAUCCUGAGCGUCGCCAACCGCGCCGAAGCAACUCCUCUCCUGUAUUCCCCAUUCAGGAGAGCUCUGUCUUUAGUCAAAAACGCCGGUCUACUAUCAAGGACCAGGCUUCCGUGUCGUUCAACCUGACGGAGGAGCAGGCAGAACGCGAGCGUCGUCUCAGUCUUACACGUCGUCAGAGGGAGUCUCGUGAGGACUUCAGGGAUGAUCAUGUCCAGUUAAUUGAUCGCGAAGAAGAAUCGGCUCGACUGGAGUCCGAACGUCGUGAUCGAGAGGAACGCGAACGUAAGGAACUCGAACGCGAAGUCGAACGCGAACGGAAACGAGAACGGGAACGGGAAUGGGAACGGGAACGGGCAGAACGUGAACAUGAACGCGAAGUGGAUCGGGAACGAGAAGAACGUGAGCGUGAGCGCACACGGGAACGUCGUCGCAAGGAAAGAGAUGAUGAGAAGCGGCGAAGCGAUAGCGACAAGGAGAAGGAUCCUUCCAAAUGGGUCGAAGCUGCCGCCAUCGGGGCUAUUGGUGCUGCCGCUGCCACCUCUAUCAUCUCCCAUAAGAGCAAGAAAGACGAGGAAGAUGCGUCUGAAGCCAGCUCAAGACGCCGUGAACGACGUCGUGCCGAGCGCCGGGCCGAAUCUUCCAUCGUCUCGAAAUCCGAUGUCUCGGUGCCAGUCGAGGCCCCUGAGCCGCCUGUGGACUACACGGACUACCGCGAGGAAUCCCAUCCUCGCCGCAGCCCUCGUCCGGCCCAGGUAUACGACGACUACGCCGAGUUCUUUGCGCCCGAAGAAGUUCGGCACAGCCCCAAUGAGCAAUCCCGCCGGCGCGGCUCUGACGAGUCCGGCGACAAACCUGAAAUCAUCGAGGUUGUUCCCGCAAGUGAACGCGAGAAGGAAGAGGCGAAGGACGAACCAACUGAUCUCCCCCAGUUUGGUCCUGAGCCUUACGAAGAUCGCGAACAUCUCCCGUGGCCGGUUCCAAGACUUAACUACAUUGAACCUACUCCUCCUCACAGUAUUAAUGGGUCUGUUCGCGGUGCCGCUUCACCUGUUAUAGCGCCUGUUCAGAAGGGCCGGGAUGAAUCCUCGGAGGUUGUCCGUGAAGAGCGCCGAGAGGAACACCGCAAAGAACCUCGCUCAGAGCCCUGGGAAGCUCCCCAAGAGUCACCCAAACGUGAACGCUCUACAACCGGGUCCCGCGUGUCAUGGGGACCUCAUUCAACUCAUGAAUACGAUGUCCCCUCAUCCUCUGAACCCGAGUUCUCUCCCACUCCUGACGAUUUCCAAGAUAUCAGCAUCGACUUCCCUGAGAAAGAAAAGUCCAAGGACCUCCCCAAGUCAAAGGAGACUAGCAAUCCUGACUUUGGUGACGACAUCGAGUUUGCCGCCACAGUUGCUGCCGCAACCGAAGCGGCUGGAUUUGAUCCCUCCUUUGUGAUUGACGACCCAAAGUAUCACAAGCGUACUUCUCCUCCCGGAUCAGAAGAUGAAGGAACAUUUUCUCCAACGUCCAAGUGGACCCCGGUACCCGAACAACCCCAUGGCUUCAUUGAGGGCGAGAUCGAGAGCCCUGAUGUCUCCAAGUCCAAGGAUGAUGUACCCAAGCAAUUUAUUGACAAGGAUUCAUUCUACGCUGAGCCCGAGUCGUUCUGCAAAGAAAAUGAUUCCUCGAAACGUCGAGAGGUCUCCAUCGCCCAGGAGGUCAUUGAGCAGCUCAAUGGAAAGCACGGCAUGCCUAGCUCUCCCGAGAAUGACGUGCUCUCCAUGCCUGGUGGCUUUGAUAAUUUCAACGACUCACGAGAGGUCGAACCCUACGACGACCGCUCUGUCUUCUCCGCUCCUCCUGUGAGGGCAUCCGAGAGCAAGACCAAGUCGAAGAAGUCUCGUCGUAGCGGAAAUGAUGUUGACUUCGCUCGUGAUUUGCCUCGCGAGUCGUCUCAUAAUGUCCCCCGCGACUUCCCUGUUGAUGCUGUCUCGCCCGCCGCUGAGGACCAUGAAAUCGAUGACAAGGAAGAAAAGCCACAAAAGCGUCGCUCAAAGGAGGAAAGUGAUGUCUUCGCCAUUGACGACGACGCCCGAUCCGCUAUCACUUCAAUUGAAGAUGUUGAGAAGUCUGAGCGCCGCAAACAUCGUUCCUCCAGAUCGCGAGACUUAGACGAUGCUGCUUCUGUUGCAUCUUCUCCCGCCAAGUUUGAUGAUUCCAAGGGCCCUAUCACUCCACUUGAGGACACUGAGCAAUCUGAGCGCCGGAAACAUCGCUCCUCCAGAUCGCGUGAAUUUGAGGAUACUGCAUCCGCUAGAACCACUCUUGAGGAUGACGAAAAGUCUGAGCGUCGUAAGCAUCGUUCUUCCAGAUCUUCUCGGGAAACAUCUCCCAGCACUCCGCUCGAUGAUGACGGAAAGUCCGAGCGCCGAAGACAUCGGUCCAGGUCGUCCCGAGAUUUCGAUGAUGCUGCAUCCGCUAUAACUAAUGCAGAUGAUGACGAGAAAUCUGAGCGUCGCAAGCAUCGUCGCGCCAAGCGGGACAGUGAUACGUUCUCGGCGGUAGACGAUGAAGCCAGGUCUGCGAUCACUUCAAUUGAUGAUGUCGAAAACAAGGAUGAUAAGGAGCUGAAGGAAAAGAGCUCUUCUGGUGGUUUAUUCAGGAGUCUCUUUGGCUCGCGUGUCUCAGAACCAGCUCGCUCCCGGUCUAACUCCCGCUCUUCCUCUGUGGACAAGCGUCCCUCACGAGAGGCCGUGUCCGAGGCUGGAGUUGAUGAUGAAAGGCGCCGCCGCAAGAAGAAGCAUCGCAGCUCCAGUGGAGGAGACAGUCUGCGUGAUGAUGGAUCAGACAAGGAAUCCGUCCGCAGUAUGCGCAGUUCUCGCAGUGAUGCAAACCUGGAGGAGUACAGAUCCAGCAGACAGAAGAAGGAAGAGCGACGCCGACACAAGUACGAGGAUAUUGUCGAUUCGGGAAGACGUGGGGAAUCUGAGAAGGUAUAA